AUGGAGGCGCGUGCUCACGGGGGAGGCGUUCCCUCAAUAAAGCGCGGAGGGGUGACAGCGUCCCUGCAGUCAGUCGGGGCCACGGGCAUGAUCAAGCCUGAGGCUAAGCAUGCAAUCGCUGCUGCUUUACGGAGAGCCAGAUUGAUUUCUGACAGAGAUUACUUGGCUGCUAUAACAGGACGGCCGCAGAUGGUUGUUGUCUCCAUACCAAGCUACUUUAAAUCUCCACAGUCAGAGAUUCCACUGCUAAUGAACGAUUACAGGGAGAAUGGGCACAAUCAUAGGAUGGCCGAGCAGAUGCUCCAAGAGACUCACCUCAGACAUGGCUCAGAGCUGUGCCAGUGCCAUUGUCGGGAACACAGCGGAUGUUGCCGAAUGGAGGUGGAAAAGGUUCAACGGAUUGAGAAUAAAGCCCUUUUCCACAGGUUCAAAGUCUAUGAGGCAGCAAUCGCACAGGACCUCAGCCAGAGAUUGGACAACCACGUGGAGGAAGUGCUAUUGCGAGGUAUUCAUCCGUGGCUUCAGCGCCUCGGAUGUCGAAAUGGUUUGUGCAAAGCAGCCAACACAGUGUAUCUGUUGCAUGGCACAAAGCAGCACAAUCUGGAUUCAGUUCUGAAGGAUGGGCUGCGCACCAAGUUCUCUUUGCACAAGUCGCCAGAUGGCCUUUACGGAAGGGGCCUGUACUUCGCCAAUAACAGCUGUAAAGCUUUUCAAUAUGCCGGACAUGGCGGCUGCAUAAUCGUUUGCCGAGUGGUCCUGGGAAGGAUCGAGCGACUUUCAGAUCAAUGCUACAGCCGUUUUUUUGCAAGCCCCACAUUUCACUCUGCGAUGGCCGAGGGCAAGCUAACGCGUGCGCAGGCGCAGGCUCAUGACGAGUACAUCGUCUACAAUGACGAUGCUGUUUACCCAGAGUUCGUGCUGAAAAUGCGGUAA